GUGGAAUUUUGCAUGCGUUCUACUGUUGCCAUAGAUCACUAUACUUUAAUUCUUGGAAAAUUCUGUUUUCGAACAUUCCGUUGAGCAUGUUUUCCUUCUUCUCGUUCCCCAUAGCGCGUGCUCUGCUAGCGUGACGUCACCAACAAGUUGCUGUUAUUUAACAGACUUGAAGCUCUCUGCUCUCCCCAAUCAGUCUUUUCCCAACUUUCUAGACGCAACCAACAUUUAUCAAAUUCAAAAAUGGUUUUAUCUGAACAUGCCGAUCCAGAGACCAUCGUGGAUACUCUUGCACGUCUGAACAUUCGCAAGAAAUCCCAUAUUCAUUCUCUCGCCUAUGCGUCCCGCUUUGCUACGCAAGAUAUCCCAAAAUACACUCUACCCGAGACUUCAUCAGAGGCCGUGGUAGCCUACCAGAUGAUCCACGACAUGCUGGAAUUUGAUGGCAGUCCUGCCAAAAACCUUGCAUCUUUCCUCAGCACCUGGAUGGAACCUGAGGCAGAGAAGCUGAUGGUAGAAAAUCUGGCCAAAAACUUGGCGGACCAGGAUGAAUACCCAGCGACCAUGAGAAUACAGGAUCGCUGCGUCUCAAUUCUCUCUCAUAUGUGGAAGAUUCCAAGUGGCCAAAAAGCUGUCGGCACUGCCACGGUAGGGUCUUCGGAAGCCGUGCAACUGGGUGGGUUGGCGAUGAAAUGGCGAUGGAGGGAUGCACGCAAGGCGGCUGGCAAGGAUGUCAGCAAGCCAAACAUUAUCUACGCUUCUAAUGCACAGGUGGCCUUGGAGAAGUUUGCACGAUACUUUGACGUUGAGGCGCGUGUGGUGCCUGUCUCAGAAAAGAGCAGAUUCUGUUUAGAUGUGGAGAAAGCAAUCAAAUUGGUCGAUGAGAAUACCAUAGGCAUCUACGUCAUUAUGGGCAGCACCUACACUGGCCACUACGAGAAUGUUGAGGCUAUGUCCAAAGCGUUAGAUGACCUUCAAAAGCGCACCGGUCUUGACAUUCCCAUUCAUGUCGACGCUGCCAGCGGUGGAUUCGUCGCACCAUUUGCAUCACCCAACCUCAAGUGGGCGUUUGAUCUCCCCCGCGUUGUCUCUAUCAACACGUCUGGACACAAGUACGGAUUAUGCUAUGCCGGCAUUGGGUGGAUCAUCUGGAGAAGUUCAGAGUAUCUCCCACAGGGGCUUGUGUUCCAGCUACACUAUCUUGGAGGAAGCGAGGCAACCUAUACCCUCAAUUUUAGUCGUCCUGCAUCAUCUAUGAUCGCCCAAUACUACAAUCUCAUCCGUCUCGGACGUAAAGGGUACACAGACAUUAUUACCAACUGUCUCACCAAUGCCCGCUUACUGUCCUGCGCGCUCGAAAAGACGGAAAUUUUUGAAGUCGUUUCCGACAUCCAUCGUCCUCGCGGGCAAUUCUAUAACUCACACGGAACGGCUAAGUGUAGUCCUCCAAGUGACUACACAAAAAAUUCCUCUUUUAAUGAUGGCCUGCCAGUGGUUGCAUUCACUUUCUCCCGAAAGUUCAAAGAAGAUCAUCCGGAUGUUGAACAACAAUUUGUCGUCAACUUGCUUCGCGCUCGUGGAUGGAUCGUACCCAGUUACCCUCUCCCACCUGACUGUGAAAACAUUGAAAUUCUUCGCGUGGUAGUGAGGGAGAGUAUGACCGAAGAGCUUGUUGAGCUGCUCGUGACUGACAUCCUCUGGGCCGUGAACGGUAUUCUAGAAGAAGGUCAACAUUUCCUUUCGAAGCACACGCAGCCGAGCUCUCACAAUCGAGCGGAAGCCUUCACAAGCGACAAAAAACCUGAUGGAAAACAUGUAUACUCGAGAGUUUGUUGAGCAAUGUAAUCCAAUACAUCUUGUGCAAUACAUCCUGUGCAUUUCUUGUACAUCAUGAUAUAGGUGAUUAGACUGGUCAAUCAC